GUGCGGUAGGGAAGGCUGCGGAGAGGUGGAAGUUCUGCCCGAGGGCGCGAGCUUCCUUCGCGACGCUGGGCAGCUAGCUGCGCGUGCGCAUAGGUCUUGUCUGCUUGGUCUCUGCCAGAGCUCGCAGGGUUUUGGAGAAGCGACAGCGCAGGGGACGUUACUUUGGCGACGCGGUAGUUCUUCUUCCGGGUCAUUCGGUUGCGCAAGCGCACACGGAGUCUUUUUCCGCCCCUCUCUCAGCACUGCGGUACUUGGGGUUUGGGGAUCUCAAGUCUGUCUAACUCUGACACCAACCUUGGGUGACGUUCGCGGGGCUGAGGCACGACGACAGAGCGCCGGCUCACGCCGCCCCGGAGCCGCUGGAACAGCGACAAUGGCGGCGCUGGGCCCCGGCAGCCAGAAUGUCACCGAGUAUGUCGUUCGAGUACCCAAAAACACAACCAAAAAGUACAACAUCAUGGCUUUUAAUGCAGCUGAUAAGGUCAACUUUGCUAACUGGAACCAGGCUCGACUUGAACGAGAUCUAAGCAAUAAGAAAAUCUACCAGGAGGAGGAGAUGCCUGAGUCAGGCGCAGGCAGCGAGUUCAACCGCAAGCUCCGGGAAGAGGCGAGAAGGAAGAAGUAUGGCAUCGUCCUCAAGGAGUUCCGGCCCGAGGACCAGCCCUGGCUGCUCCGAGUCAAUGGCAAGGCGGGCCGGAAGUUCAAGGGCAUCAAGAAGGGUGGGGUGACUGAGAACACGGCCUACUACAUCUUCACACAAUGUCCUGACGGGGCCUUUGAGGCCUUUCCUGUGGACAACUGGUACAACUUCACACCUUUGGCCCGGCACCGCACACUCACAGCAGAGGAGGCAGAGGAGGAGUGGGAGAGGAGGAACAAGGUCUUGAACCACUUUAGCAUCAUGCAGCAGCGGCGGCUCAAGGACCAGGACCAGGAUGAGGAUGAGGACGACAAGAAGGAGAAGCGCAGCCGCAAGAAAAGCAGUGAGCUGCGCAUCCACGACCUGGAGGACGACCUGGAGAUGUCCUCAGAUGUUAGUGAUGCCAGUGGAGAGGACGGCAACAGAGCUCUGAAGACCAAGAAGAAGACCCCGCUGACCAAGGCAGGCCGCAAGAAGAAGAAGAAGGGGUCAGAUGACGAGGCCUUUGAGGACAGUGAUGAUGGGGACUUUGAGGGCCAGGAAGUAGACUACAUGUCGGAUGGCUCAAGCAGCUCUCCGGAUGAGACAGAGGGCAGACCGAAGGUGCCGCAGCAGGAGGACGGCCCAAAGGGGGUGGACGAGCAGAGCGAGAGCAGUGAGGAGAGCGAGGAGGAGAAGCCGCCGGAGGAGGACAAGGAGGAGGAGGAGGAGAGGAAGGCUCCCACCCCACAGGAGAAGAAGCGCAAGAAAGACAGCAGCGAUGAAUCUGACAGCUCUGAGGAGAGUGACAUUGACGACAGUGAGACGUCCUCCGCUCUCUUCAUGGCGAAGAAGAAGACACCACCCAAGAGAGAGAGGAAGCCAUCUGGGGGGAGCUCAAAGGGUAACAGCCGCCCCGGAACCCCCAGCGCAGAGGGCGGCAGCACAUCUUCCACCCUGCGGGCUGCAGCCAGCAAGCUGGAGCAAGGGAAGCGGACAAAUGACACCCCAGCAGCCAAGCGCCUACGGAUGGACACAGCCCCCCAGAACCUGUCAGGGAAGUCCACUCCACAGCCACCAUCCGGAAAGUCCACUCCCAGCAGUGGUGAUGUGCAGGUAACUGAGGAUGCGGUGCGACGCUACCUGACACGCAAGCCCAUGACCACAAAGGACCUGCUCAAAAAAUUCCAGACCAAGAAGACAGGGUUGAGCAGUGAGCAGACAGUGAACGUGCUGGCGCAGAUCCUAAAGCGCCUCAACCCAGAGCGCAAAAUGAUUGGUGACAAGAUGCAUUUCUCCCUCAAGGAGUGACAUCAAUAAAGAGCUCUGCCCACACUGCAAA